AUGGAAUCACUUUUCUCCCCCGACAACAUGAACGUCUUCAUGUCCGUGAUAAUUGCGAUCUAUGCCACCACCAUCAUCGCCCCCAUGCUCUACUUCUAUGUCGACUUCUGCAUGCAUCGGCGUACCGAUGCUGCUGCCGCAGGGAGCAACGCUCAUGGGGUGGCGGCACCGCUGCCGACAGAUGGCUACGAGCUGGAGAAGAUCAGAGUUGACGCUUCGUCUGGAGAGCCUGGCGCGCUACCGGUGCUCCUGUGUGAGUCUUCUUCAUCUGCCAAUGCUGAUUAUUGUGCGGUGUGCCUCGGUGAGAUGGAGGAAGGCGAGCUAGGAAGGAUGCUCCCGACGUGCCUCCAUGUGUUCCACAUCGGUGCAUUGACGCGUGGCUCCGACGCAAUCCGACAUGCCCGAUCUGCAGGAUGGCCGUGA